AACUCUUAGGAGUAUCGUUUAACUCUUCUAUUGAUCAAGUUUGUGCUUAUAAUUUGCUCUUAUUUUAAACAAAGGUACUUAUUUUUAGGAUAGCAAAACAGACACAAACAUACUUUAAACACAUCAUUUCCUUCAGCUCCUCAGAUCGAACCACAAGUAGACAGGAGACCUGUCUGUCUAUCACAUCAUACUGCUCUGGUCUCAGGCAGCCUCAAAUCCAUUCAGCUCUUUCAAGGAACAGAACAUGUCCUUCACGUUCAGAUUCUGGAAUAUCAUCCUUGCUUCCAUCAGAUUCUUGCAAAUACCUCACGUGGUACAAUAUAGAACAGCAUGAGAUUCAAGGUAGUCAGCUACAUUGCCCAAGAAUAAGAAAAGGUAUGCAAAGAGCUGAAGGUCAGUACCUGAAGAUCCUUUCUCUAUAGUCUCUGGGCUCCUUUCCACCCACCUUAAGAUCUGAAGCAGAACAAUCUUUCUUAACAUUGAGAAUUGUGAACAAACCUUAUUUGGAGGAGAAUAUUGGAGAACAGUAGAAAAUUGCUUUGGAAAUACAAAUUAGGGACCCUCUGAAGAAUGGUUACUUUCCAGACAGGUGGGGUGCACCUUGCCUUCAAAGAAAAGAGUACUUUUGAAAAACGAAUGGAAAAUGUGGUUGCAGGAAAACUGGGAAGACUGCAAGCUGUGUGGAAAUGAUUACACGAAGCUUGAGGAUUUUAGGAUAUAGAGAGAUGAAGAAAUUGAACAUUUCAUUUCAGGAUUUGGGGGACCCUAACCAAGUUGAAAAUUUUAACAGAAUUCUUAGAAGACUGAUUCGAGUUGAAACACUUUGGUUGGUGGAUAAUUCACUCGUUGAUUUAAGUGCCAUAAGAUUGCCAAGCUGCAGAGUUUUAAAUAUGAGCAAAAACUAUCUCACAUCUUUCAAACAACUACCAAAGAUACCUCAGAUACAACAUUUAUCACUGGCUGAAAACCACAUUGAAACACUGGCUGGCCUCUCCAGUUUAAGGUACACACCACUGGAAUCCCUCACCUUGAAGAGGAACCCCUGUGAAUUUCACCAAAACUACAGGAAGCAAGUGUUCUUGUGUUUGCCAAACUUAAAGAUUCUGGAUGGGAUCUUGAAGUUACCAGAAGAUUGUGCUCCUCAAGAGGAUAAUAUUUUUUCCAAAUUGUGUAUUUUAUCAUAACAAACUCUGCAUAGAAAGAAAACAGUUACUGUUAUUGACAGAAACCUAAAAAUAAAAGGAAUGCAUCCUUAUAUACUA